AAAAAAGAUGCCGCAGUAAAACUUUUCAGUGCUUUAACAAGGGAAAAGGAGAGAAUCGCCACGAUGGAUGAGAAAGACAGAACAGAGUGAAGAACUUUCUAUACGGCCCUACGUCAUCAGCGAGGAUAAGCAUGAUUACAUACAUACAUCUUUUUAUUUGUUCAAAGAAAACAGAGACAAAAGUUUAGCGAGUUUUGAGGCAAAGUAUGGCGCGAGAGAUUGGAGAGUCUGGAGAAGCCAAAAGUGCCAAAGUGAAAAAGCAUAAAAGGAAAAGCACAAAGGAGAGCAAAACAAGGAUCGUACACGCCAACAUUUUGUAUGACCAUACCAAAGGAGGGGAUAACCCCAACAGACACUAUGCAGACAAUAAGAUCAAAACCACAAAAUACACUCUGCUUUCUUUUCUACCGAAGAACCUUUUCGAGCAGUUCCACCGAUUUGCUAACGUAUAUUUUGUUUUCAUAGCCUUACUGAAUUUUGUCCCCGUGGUCAAUGCUUUUCAACCAGAGUUGGCUCUUGCCCCUGUGGUAUUUAUUUUGUCUGUUACCGCUAUCAAGGAUUUAUGGGAGGACUACAGACGCCACCGUUCGGAUAAAGAAAUUAACCAUAUGGACUGUCUCGUUUACAGUAGGAGUGAGAAACGGUAUGUGGAGAAAUACUGGAAGGAGGUGCGGGUCGGAGACUUCAUUCGUCUGCGCUGCAAUGAGAUUCUGUCUGCGGAUGUUCUGCUGCUCAGCUCCAGCGACCCGGACCGUCUGUGUCACAUUGAGACGGCCACACUGGAUGGAGAGACCAAUCUCAAACAGAGGCAGGUGGUGCGCAGCUUUAUCGACCUGGAAUGCGAGUUUGACCCAUUAAAAUACAACAGCAUUAUUGAAUGUGAGAAGCCCAACAAUGACCUCAACAGAUUUCGAGGAUACAUAAUCCAUCGCAGUGGGAGGAGAGACGGGCUGUACAAAGACAAUCUGCUGCUCAGAGGGUGUACCAUCCGCAACACAGAGGAGGCUGUUGGAAUCGUCAUCUAUGCAGGUCAUGAGACGAAAGCUAUGCUGAACAACAAUGGCCCUCGCUAUAAACGCAGCAAACUGGAGCGGCAAAUGAACGUAGAUGUGUUCUGGUGUGUCAUCAUACUCCUGGUCAUGUGCCUUUUUUCCGCCAUCGGACACGGCCUCUGGAUGUUUCAAUAUGGAGAAAAGCGGCCUGUCUUUGAUGUCCUGAGCCCAGAAGGAACAGACUUGUCUCCAGUAGUCUCGGCCAUUUAUCUCUUCCUGACCUUGAUUAUAGUAUUCCAGGUGCUGAUCCCAAUCUCGCUUUUUGUCUCCAUUGAAAUAGUGAAGAUAUGCCAAGUUUACUUUAUCCAUCAAGACAUGGAGCUGUACGAUGAGGAGACCGACUCUCACCUACAGUGCAGGGCUCUGAACAUCACUGAAGACCUGGGCCAGAUGCAGUACAUCUUCUCUGAUAAGACUGGCACGCUCACAGAAAACAAGAUGGUGUUUCGCCGUUGUACUGUGGCAGGAGUAGAGUACUCACAUGAUGCCAAUGCGAGAAGGCUUGCUAUGUACCAGGAGGUAGACUCUGAGGAGGAGGACUGUACAUCUCAUGGUGGAACCCUCCCACGGAGGGACAGUGUUGCCAGUCACCAGAGCGGAAAAGUAGUGUUGCGAUCACAGAGCACCAAAUCUCAUCGUCGCACCGGUAGCAGAGCCGAAGCCAAACGGGCCAGCAUUCUAUCUAAACACACCGCCUUCAGCAGCCCCAUGGAGAAGGACAUUACCCCAGAUCCUCAGCUCAUGGAUAAGGUGAAUGAGUGUAGCAGUCAGAUGGAGUUCAUGCGUUUCCACAGUCAGCCCCUGAACCAGAUCCCCCCUGACCUGUGUGACAUCUUUGACUUUUUCAUCGCCCUCACUAUCUGCAACACUGUUGUUGUGUCCUCACCCAAUCAACCCCGGCAGAAGGUGCGCCGCUAUGAGUUGAAGUCUCCAGUGAAGACCAUAGAGGACUUUAUCAAGCGCUUCACCCCGAGUCGCUUGACCUCUGGCUCCAAUAGCAGCAGCUCCUCCAGCUUGGCCACCAACCGUUCGUCCUCCCACAGGGUGGGCUCCAGCAUGCUGACCUCCCCCUCGGCAGAGAGCACGCUCACCAAGCUGAACGAGGAGAAGCCUCCAGAUCAUGACCUGCAGCAUGCCUUAAACUCCGUCCCACCCAACUACGAUAAAACAAAGGCCUUGGCUCAAGAUGAGUGCGAGCUAAGAUUUGAGGCAGAGUCGCCAGACGAGGCAGCACUAGUUUACGCAGCCCGGGCCUAUAAGUGUGCUCUCGUCGGUCGGUUACCAGAUCAGGUGACUGUGGAUCUUCCUCACCUGGGCAAACUAAGUUUUGAGCUGCUGCACACGCUAGGGUUUGAUUCCACAAGAAAGAGGAUGUCGGUGGUGGUCAAACAUCCACUGACUGAGCAAAUCACGGUCUACACCAAAGGUGCUGAUUCGGUCAUCAUGGAUUUGAUCAGACCGGCUACAGAUUAUGUGAAAGGAAAACGCCAAAGGAAAAUAUUGUAUAAAACUCAAAACUACUUAAAUCUCUACGCCGCAGAUGGUCUCAGAACACUCUGUAUCGCCAAAAAGGUACUCAGUAAGGAGGAGUAUGCCAGCUGGCUACAGCAUCACCUGGAGGCAGAGACAGCCAUACAGAGAAGGGAGGAGCUGCUUUUCGAGUCUGCUUUACGUCUAGAGACCAACCUUCACCUACUAGGAGCAACAGGAAUCGAGGACAGACUUCAGGACGGGGUUCCGGAGACCAUCGCCUCUCUGAGGAAAGCUGGCCUACAGAUCUGGGUGUUGACGGGAGAUAAACAAGAGACGGCCAUCAACAUUGCCUACGCCUGCAAACUGCUGGACCCAGAGGAGGAGAUCAUCACUCUCAAUGCUGACUCACAGGAGGCCUGUGCUGUAUUGCUUGAGAACAGUUUGCACUACAUCCAAGCCAAGUUCCUUUGCAACCCUUCACCAGAUCCUGCUAGAGACUAUACUGGUGUCCACUUCUCUCCGGUUUGUUCCCCGGCCACCUCUACGCACUCCAGCCCCUUCCUUGUGCACCGGCUUGGGCUGGUGAUUGACGGCCGCACCCUGGCCUAUGCACUGGACAAGAGUUUGGAGGACAAGUUCCUGGCCGUGGCUCGAAGCUGCAGGUCCGUACUGUGUUGUCGCUCAACGCCCCUGCAGAAGAGCAUGGUGGUGAAGUUAGUGCGUAACAAGCUCAAGGUCAUGACAUUGGCGAUAGGUGAUGGGGCUAAUGAUGUCAGUAUGAUCCAAGUAGCUGAUGUAGGGGUGGGGAUCUCGGGACAGGAGGGCAUGCAGGCGGUCAUGGCCAGUGACUUUGCCCUUCCACGGUUUCGAUACCUGCAGAAGCUGCUCUUGGUUCAUGGCCAUUGGUGUUACUCUCGUCUAGCCAACAUGAUCCUCUAUUUCUUCUACAAAAAUGCUAUGUUCGUCGCCCUCAUCUUCUGGUAUCAGUUCUACUGUGGGUUCUCCGGGUCAGCCAUGGUUGAUCAGUGGUAUCUCAUCUUCUUCAACCUGAUGUUCUCCGCAUUCCCUCAGCUCAUCACCGGCACCCUGGACAAAGAUGUGUCAGCAGAAACCCUGCAGGAGCUCCCUCAGCUUUACAUGAAUGGACAAAACUCAGAGGAAUAUAAACCCUACAUGUUCUGGAUGAACAUGAUUGAUGCCUUCUACCAAAGCCUCAUCUGUUUCUUCAUCCCCUACUUUGCUUACGCUGACUCUGAUGUGGAUUUGUUCACGUGGGGCACUCCCAUCACCACGUUGGCUCUUUUCACCAUUUUGCUCCACUUGGGCAUCGAAACCAAAACCUGGACAUGGAUGAACUGGGUAUCGAUUGGUUUCAGUAUAGCUCUCUUCUUCACUGUGGCUCUGUGCUACAGUGCUUCCUGCCCAACCUGCUUCUCUCCCUCUAACACUUACUGGACCAUGCAGAGGCUGCUGGGAGAUUCCAUAUUCUACCUGCUGUGUGUCGUCACACCUGUAGCAGCUCUUCUUCCCAGAUACUUUUAUAGAGCCUGUCAGGGAUCUCUGUUCCCAAACCCUGUCCACGUGGGACGACAGCUGGACAAACUGCCAGUGGACAUGCGUAGGCUCUUUUUAAGCCAGAGCCAGAUGAAGCUAGGCUCACUCGGGUCGCUGUUUGCUCCUCGAGCCCCACAUUUCCCCCUCUGCAGACCUUUCCAGAAAGACUAUAGGCCCAGAGUGAAGCAAGCCCACAUGAGUGGCACCAAACACAAGGAGAAUGCUAUAGCCAGCCCCAUCCCAUCCAAGAGCAUGGAUAUGAGGGACACACCUUUAAGCUCAAAGAACACUGAGAACCAUAUCAAACUAAACUUUAAAAAGCAGGAAAAAGGGCAGUCCUGCAGACAGGGCUCAGGAAGCCCCCUCUUGAGUCCUAUUACAGUUUCCGGCACUCUGCCAUACACCAAAGAAACUCCUGGCACCAGGACUAUUUUGGAUACCAGGGGCUUGGAGGCCACGCUUGGCCCAGCAGACCUCUCUCAGGUCGGUUUACUCACCUCCACGCCGCUGCUUCCUCAAACUGACACUAUACAGCUCAUGUCGCCACCAAGUAGUCUUUUUCAACAGAAGCUAGAAUGCGAGGACAGUUCAAACCAAAGGCCCCUCCUACUGAAAGGGGGCGGAGACAGGGACCACACUCAGUCAUCUAGCUGCCCACAAGAACAUUCACUCAAAACAACAUUUCUAUGACGCUUUCUACCUGUUAUGCUGAUUCCAAUUUGCACGUUAGCUUAAAUUGUAUUAUAUAUUCACAAGUAUUUUAUAAAGAAAUAGGUUGGUACUACAUAUAUAUACUUUUAUGUAUAAAGUUUAGAAUAAAGAUUAUUUUUUGAGAGAGGCCAGAUUAUGCAAACUGGAUAGUCUUAUAAUGUUUUGUUAUGAUUGACUGUUUUGUAAUAUUUUUUGUUUUUUCUCUUCUAAACCAUCUCAGAAUUGGAGGAGGUUUGUUUCUUGAGGCAGAACCAGUCCAGAGACAUUCCUUUUUCUGUUUAUUUGGCUCUGAAUAUUCUGGCACACUUUAAAGAACAUUCCCCUCCUACCAUCACACACUGCUGAUAGCAUUACACUCACAGUCCAUGUUUUUAUAGAUUACCUACCCCUUAAAUAUCAGUAGCAACAGAGAUUCCUUAAAUAUGCCUUAAGAUGUUGUCUUUUCUGGUAGGCCUGAGUUGGUGCCUAGUAAGUUUGGGCAAAUGCAGAGAUACACACUAGACUAUUCACUUGUUGGGAUUUGCUGUUUUGCUGUUAGGACUAUAUUGCGCUCCAUUACAGGAUAAUGUUAAAACUCUGAGAUAUUUACCAGAUAUUUAAAUAUUAGUCACUUGUACACUUGCAUCAUUACAGACUUGAGUCAAGCCCUUUCAAAUCUGCAUGUAAAAAUGGAAUUAUCCUCCAGCGCAGCUGAACACCAGAAGUACCUUUCCAUGCAUAUAUACUGAUAUGGUGCUUGCAGAAGUUUCAAGCUCUGCUAUUGUUUGUAUGUCUUUUAAAUUUUAUUUUAUUCUUUUUUGCUGCUGCUUUGCAAUUCUGCACAUUCCUGCAGGAUAGGAUUUAAUUUUGGCCUUUUUUAGAAUUUGCUUACAUUCACUGGAACCUGGUUCCAAAUAGUAGAGUAUACUCUCAGGGCUAUACAACUCCGCUGCUGAACGGCCAUUGUACUAAUUAUUUUUGUUCAAGCCCUAAUCAAACACACCUAUCUAGGGUUUUCAAGUAAUCCUAAAGACCUCGAUUAGCUUGUUCAGUUGUAUUUCAUUAGUGUUGGAGCUAAACUUUCCAGGACUGGAGUUGAAUAGCCUUCUUAAAUGGGACCUUAGUGGGCCCCCUUAGUCACAUGUGCCCAGGAUCGGAUUUCCGAAAUAUAAGAUGGCAGGGUAAGACUCCUUUAUAUUUGAGGAAAGUGCUACCUGAUUAGUUAGGGUUAGAUUUAGGGGUAGGGGUAGGGAUGAGUAAUAGUUUCUCCAACCAAUCAGGUAGUGCUUUUAUGAUUAUUAUUACUAAUUUGUAAUAUUAAGGUGUGAAUUUCUUCAUGAAUAUAACUUGACUCUUGCCCUGCCAUCUUUUCAGAAAUUCGCACCUGGUACAACGUUACUGGUUGCCCCCAACCCCCCUUUGACGAUGACCCUGAUUAUCCAUUAAGUCCAGCACAGUGCCAAGUGCUUUAGAAAAUAGUGGUCCAUGCAUCAAGCUACUUAGUGCUUAUUGACAGUGGGGGAUCCUGGUUUGUGGAAGUACAGGAUUUGACUCGGUGUAUGUGUGAACAGAAGGAUAUGUGCUGAUAAUCCAUUUUAGUGCAGUUUAUAUAUGUGCAUGCAUCUCCUGUUUACUAUGAUUGUAUUUCUCAGCUAUGUUUACUAAAGCUGUAUACUUUACCAAAGAUGCAAAAAGCACUGCUGGAUCUCGGCUGGAGUGUUUAUACUGUAAGCAUUAGCUUGAGCUGAUUGUUUCAUCAUUCAGAAUUAAUUGGCUCAGGGCUGCUACUCCUUUAUUAAGUGUCUUUCACCACCUAUGUUGUUACUGUACCCACAUCAGCCUUAUUUUUUCCUAACAGGAAGCACUAUGUAUUGUACGUGUUUAUGCCCUCAGGAAAUGGCAGCAUACUUUUACAAAAACAUUCCAUUUUAAAUCACUGUCAAUUCAAAGGGAAUUAAUGGGCAAGUGUGUGACUGUGCUCUCCAUUUUUUUGAUAGCUGUAAUGGAAUACAAUGUUCAGACUAGUACAUGGGUGGUUAGUCUUUGUUUAACAAGAGAAUAUUCCACAAUGCUGCAAAUGUCAGGGGUGUGGCGUAUUAUAGAGUCCCCUUGAGAGAUGCUAAAAUAGAUUUUAUGAGAUGAUUUGUCAUCUUCUGCUCACGUAACCUCAAGGCCUCGCCAGUCUGUUCAUUUGGGAUCUCAUUUGGGCAGUCACUAUCAAAACUGCUGAUUUAUGAACAGCCUACCAGGAGGAUUAUGAGAUCCAUUGUACUCAUUACACAACAUAUGGUGUGAAUGGAACUUGCUCUCACUAGAAAAACCCAGGUGUAAAAUCAGAAAUCUCCUUUACUUCCACAGCUUGGCAUUUAUAAAUAAAUACAAAAACCUCAAAUGUGUUUUUGUGGGAGGGUCAGAAGGAAUUGGGCAUAGUGGUGUAUGGGGUUAUCAGGAGGGAAAUACUGUACUAAAGGGUUAGUUCACCAAAAAAUGAAAAUUUUUCAUCAUUUAUUCACCAUUAUAAUGACAGAAUUUUCAUUUUUGAGUGAGCUGUUUCUUUUAGUAUUAAGAUUUGUGAUGUUGAGAGAAUGACUUGACUGUCUCUCUGACUGUCCGGAUACUACAGUAAAACCUUAAAGAAGCUAAUAUGAAGCUCACAAGUACUUUGUCCCCUCAGUUCCUACAAGUGCCUUGUUGAUCUUCUGCACAGCUCAGGUUCAGCGUUCUUCACUUUGGAGUAUGUGAGCGAUAGGAGGGAGCAAUAUUUCUUGUCUAAAUUUUAAUGUUAAUAGCAUACUGGGCAUUAUGCUGAAAUAAUUACUUUUAUCUUCAUAGUCAGAUAAUAAGCAACGGUUGUAUAUACUGAAGUGCCUAUUGCUUUAGAAUACACCAGAAGAAUAGUUUUUACAUUGUGGAAUAUAUGUCAUGUGCCUUAACACUGGAGAACACACAUGUAGACGGCAAUACUUGCAGUGAAUUUAUAUAUGUAAAGAUGUAUUGAAAAUUCUAUUAAUAAAUGAGGUUUAAUAAAACACUCUGUUUUUAAAGAAUUUAAGAUUAUGCAUUUUUUUCUUUUUUUUUUUGUACUCUGUUCGUUGUUGUUUUUAGAUUUGGAAUGUGCCAGUACUUGGAUGCCUGAGUUCAGGUGGGUCAAGUUCCUGGCUAAGCAUAACAUGCUGUAAUAAAAGCCAUUUGCAGUUGCAUUCCAAAGCCUUUCCUUAACUGAAGGGCAGUUUACCAGCAGGAAUGCCGUCCUUCAUAAUUUGUCAUAGCACAUGUAUGUAAACAUUGGGUGGAAUUUUAUAUACUUAAAUGUCUUUUAUCACUGUCACUACCGUGACUAUUUCUGGCUCAUUGUACUGUAAUUGGUAUUUGUCACGGUCACACAAGGUUUAGUAUGUUCUUGCUGUAGAUUCACUACAUUUUCAGCUCUUCAUCAAAUGCACCUAUUUCAAGUGGUUCUGUGACACUUGGGUUUGUUAAAUUGUGUUCACUCAUGCUGUUUGUUUCUUGACAAGAACAAUUCUUCAUGUCAUAAUACUGAAAUAAAUGGUAAAAGUAUGUUUACUGAUCUCCUGCUUUCUCUUGCUUAUUUUUUUCCUGUCACCAUGAAAAUGUACACUCAAAAAUUAAGUCAUUACCCUUACUUAAUUGACUUUGAGAAAGUUUUCACAAGCAAUUUAAUUUCUUUCAUUUAGAU